AUGGAUUCGAGAUUUUCCUCUCCCCAGUGGCUGUGCAAAGGAAUGAAAGGUCUGCAUCAAGCUGAGGUGGAAGGACUGCAGGUCACCGUGCCUGAGAAGAAGAAGGUGGCCAUGCUGUUUCAGCCUGCUCUGCUUCGAUGCCAUUUCUCUACUUCUUCCACCCAACCAGCUGUGGUACAGUGGAGGUUUAAGUCUUACUGCCAGGACCGGGUGGGAGAAGCUUUGGGCAUGGCGACUUCUGGCUUACAAACGAUGAGCAAGAGGAACCUGGACUGGGAUCCCUACCUGGACUGUGUGGACAGCAGGAGGACAGUCCGUGUCGUGGCCUCCAAACAAGGCUCUGCCGUCACUAUAGGGGACUUCUAUAAGGAAAGAGAUGUCAGCAUUGUCCACGAUGCAGACCUGCAGAUUGGGAAGUUGAUGUGGGGAGACAGUGGGCUCUAUUACUGCCUCAUUAUCACACCGGAUGAUGUGGAGGGCAAGAAUGAAGAGUCGGUGGAGCUGCUUGUGCUUGGCAGGACAGGGCUGCUUGCUGAUCUCUUGCCCAGUUUUGCUGUGGAGAUUAUGCCAGAGUGGGUCUUUGUGGGCCUGGUGAUCCUGGGAGCGUUCCUCUUCUUCCUCCUGGUGGGAAUUUGCUGGUGCCAGUGCUGCCCACACAGCUGCUGCUGUUAUGUCCGCUGCCCCUGCUGUCCUGAAUCUUGCUGCUGUCCCCGAGCACUGUAUGUAGCAGGCAAGGCAGCAAAAGCUGGGUACCCUCCUGCAGUCUCCUCCAUGCCAGGUCCCUACUACAUCCCCAGUGUUCCUGUAGCCGGCGUCCCAUCUCCUGCUGUGCUGAUGGAUAAGUCACACCCUCCUCCCUUAGCCCCAAGUGAAUCCAGCGGAGGAAGCCAAAAUGUGCGCAAAGGGUACCGGAUCCAGGCUGACAAGGACAGAGACUCCAUGAAGGUGCUGUACUACGUCGAGAAAGAACUGGCUCAGUUUGACCCAGCUAGGAGGAUGAGAGAACGAUAUAACAACACCAUCUCCGAACUCAGCUCUCUGCACGAGGAGGAUUUGAACUUCCGGCAGCCCUACCGCCAGGUGCGACGGAAGCCUCUGCCUCCCGCGGAGGACCUGGAUGGCGAUGCCGAAUACUGGGCAGGAGUGAUGGGCGGCGGCAGCACCUCCAGAUCACAGGCUGUCUCCGAUUACAGAGAUGAGCGGGACAGUUUCCGGCACAGCCAGCAGCGGUCCAAGUCCGAGAUGUUGUCCCGCAAGAGUUUCUCUGUGGGAGUGCCAGCCGUCUCCAUGGACGAGCUGGCGGCCUUUGCCGAGUCCUACAGCCAGCGGACCCGGCGGGCAGACAGCCAGGAAACUCGACGUUUCGAGCGGUCGGAGUCGCACAGCGGCCGUGGUGGAGGGCUGCCCCACCAGGAUAGCUCCAUGGAGGAGUACUACACCAAGAGAAGCAGGGGGAACCGAGAGCCGCUGACGGACUCGGAUCGGGGCUGGUCGUACAGUCCACCCCGGAGACGGGCCCACGAGGAGAAGCACCUGCCCAGGCUGGUGAGCCGGACGCCCGGAGGGAGCCAGAAAUACGAUCACUCCUACCUCAGCAGUGUCUUGGAGAGGAAAUCCCGGAGCUAUGAUGAGAGCGGCGACCACAGUGAAACCCCCUCAAAGCUGAGCUCGCAGCCCAGCCAGAGAGGGGGAACAUACUAUGCCUGGUCACCACCCUCCACCUACAAAGCUGAGAAGUCGCAGCAGCAGGCGCAGCAGCCACCGUCACCGCCUCCGGAGGAGGAAGGGGAGGACACCCUGCCCCCAUACAGCGAGAGGGAGCUGAGCCGAGGCCCUUCGUACAGGGCCAGGGAGCAGGCCUACCUCAACGCCUCGGACAAGAAGAGGAAAAAGGACCCCAAGAAAACAAACGACUUUCCUACAAGGAUGUCCCUUGUGGUGUGA